AUGCAACAGAACCCUACCUCGCCCUCGAUGCGGAAGAGGCAGCGGACCCUCGACAUGCACUCCGGCAACGCCAACCCUGUAGACCAGCAUCCUCCGCCCCAGAGCGGCGGUCCAGUCCCCGAGGACGCGUUCAUCAACGAUCACGAUGCAGCCGACAGCGCGGGCGAGGAGGAUGAGGACGAGGACAAGCCCAAGUCGGACAAGAAGGCUGGUCGAAGAAAGAUUAAAAUCGAGUUCAUCCAGGACAAGUCGAGGCGCCAUAUCACGUUCUCCAAAAGGAAGGCUGGUAUUAUGAAAAAGGCAUACGAGUUGUCGACAUUGACUGGCACUCAAGUCCUUCUACUCGUCGUGUCCGAGACUGGUCUGGUAUAUACUUUCACCACCGCGAAGCUCCAACCCCUCGUCACCCAGCCCGAAGGCAAGAACCUUAUUCAAGCUUGCCUCAACGCCCCUCAUGGAUCCCUCCCAUCGAGCAUGCCUGUCGGGCCACCCAUUGGGCGCACCUCGGGGCCCAUGAUCCCUCCGGUUCCACCCCCACCCAGCAAUCUCCCCGGCGGUCUCUCCAUCGGUAGCCAGAACCCGGGAAACCUUUCCAAGGACGAUGCUGACGAUGACCACGACGACGACGCUGCCACUCAUGGUGGACGCCCCAACGCUGGCGAUAAACGUCGUCGCCGUGCUUCCUCCACAACGGGUCCUCCACCAGGCAGUGCUGGUAGUCGCGGGCAGACAUCUCCUCAUUCCCCCAAUGCGGCUGUACCUCCUCCGCUCAACAUCCCUCCUGGAUCUCAGCCAGGAUCCCAACAACACUCCUCGCACCAACAAAGCAACGCUCAAUCACAAAUCGCGCUCGGAUCCCCCACCUCCCCUCAGCAACAGCACACCCAGGUGCCCGCCUCAUCCACCCAGUACUCUUCUGGUUCGUAUGGACACCAUCCCGGCCAACAGCCGGCACACCACCAGCAACACGAUGCUGGAAUGUACUCGGGUCAUAUGAUGUCCCCCGGAGCCUACUCUUAUCCUCCACCAGGAGGUCCUAACGCUCAGGGGGGACCAGGCCAGCAGCAGCUUGGUGGUCUUGCCGCAGCUGCUGCGUCACAUGGCCACUGGGGUCAAGCUCCACAGCAGCCAGUUGGCCAGAGUGGCCACUAUGGCAGGAGAUAAUAGAGCGGGACUUGCACAGCGCUUUCAUUCCCCCUUUCUCUCUUUACUGGUGUUCCCGAUCGCUCGUACUCACGUCCCCAUUCCAAGUUCUUCUGUUUAUGUCCUCUCUAUCCAUAUGCUAUCCUCUUCCUCGCUUUGCGUGUUGGUCGAAGUAGUUUCCGUUCUGUUACGAGUCAACUGUAUCAACCAAUCCCCAUCUGCUUUCCUUUCUCUUCAGUCACGAUUUCCGUCUCUUUUUUAUGAUUUCCUCGAUGCGAUCGAUACAGUAGUAAUGCAGGGCAAUGAUGAUUCAAGUACAAUUGUAUCACUACGCUUUUAUAGCAUAUGUAACUUUCUUAGUUUCCUGUACUCCUUUGGGAGCCCAGCUUUACGAUUUACAUUGGCUGGGUUUCGUUCCUCCAGCGAUAAUGGAUAGCC